AUGCCAUCCACUCCUAGUACAAUCCCAGAGACAAGAGUCAUAUCUCCGUCACCUUCCCUGACCGAUUCAUCUGACGCACGUGAUGGCUACUUUGCGCCGACAACUCGAUCCGCAGCGCGCCGGCAACAGCUUUCAGGGGUUGCUGAGGAGGGUUCUGGCUCAGGGAGAUCAAGAGGCUCCCCUGAUGAAACCCCUUCAAGAAGUUCCACGCGACGUCGUCCACCUCGUCGAUCCAACCCCAUGAUUCCAGCUUCACCGCCGGCCGCCAACGGCAGCACAUCCAACGGCUUCCUUUCACCUACAUCGAAAGUUUCCAAUGCUUUCCGUGACCUCUCUCGAUCGCCGUCACCCCUCGGUCUUAUACCUUUACAUACACGCUACCGUAGCUUCAUCCACCGUCAUGAGAUUCCUCGAAAGGUCCUGCACGUGUCCAUUGGGUUCGUGACCCUCCACCUCUACAGCCGAGGUAUUCAAGCUACUCAGAUUACGCCGGUACUUUUCACCGCCCUUGUCCCCAUCGCAGUGACCGACAUCGUGCGACAUCGUUUUGAGAAAGUCAAUAAAUUUUACAUCCGCUGCGUGGGUGCGCUCAUGCGUGAGACCGAGGUUUCGGGAUAUAACGGUGUGAUAUGGUACUUGCUCGGCGCAUAUAUCGUUUUACGUUUCUUCCCCAAGGACAUCGGAGUCAUGGGCGUUCUCUUGCUCAGCUGGUGUGAUACAGCGGCAUCCACCUUCGGCCGUCUAUAUGGUCGCUACACCCCUCGUCUCAGACAAGGCAAGAGUCUGGCUGGCACCAUGGCUGCUUGGUUGGUCGGCGUUGCCACUGCCGCUGCUUUCUGGGGAUGGUUUGUUCCUCAUAUGGGUGCAUUCCCUAAUGACCCCGAAGGCUCAUUCAUGUUUACCGGCCAGUUGAGCUUGCUCCCAGACUCUGUACGGGGUCUCCUGGGCUGGGAGGCUGCCAGUGAUGCUGCCACCACUAUCACCGGUCCAUUGGCUCUUGGAGUUAUGAGCGUUGUCACUGGUUUCAUCGCUGCUGGCAGCGAGUUCAUUGAUCUAUUCAGUUGGGACGAUAACUUCACAAUCCCAGUCCUGAGUGGACUCGGGCUAUGCGGUUUCCUGAAGGUUUUCGGUUAA